AUGCGCGUCGCGACGAGGCCUAAGCCUGAAAUCAAUAUCGGUCCCGUUGAUCUAUCCUGUGCUUUUGUUGUCUGCGAUCUUGAAAAAUACGACUGUCCAAUUGUGUACUGUUCAGAGAUGUUCGAGCGGUUGACUGGCUAUACGAAGCAUGAAAUUUUAGGUCGGAACUGCCGUUUUCUGCAGUCACCAGACGGCGAAGUGCAAGAGGGCAUGAAACGGAAAUACGUAGAUAACCGCUCCGUCCUAUAUUUGAAGAACCAAAUCAACAAACGAUCAGAGGCCCAACUGAACCUAAUCAACUAUCGAAAAGGCGGACAACCGUUCAUGAAUCUUCUCACUAUGAUACCGAUCCAAUUCGAUUCCGAGGAUCACAAGUUCUACGUUGGAUUUCAGGUGGAUCUGGUCGAGCAGCCGAACUCGGUCUCGGGUCGAAACCCAGAUGGAACUUACGCGAUCAACUAUAACCGAAGCUCACUUCCUGCCUACGCUCUUCCAGCUCCCCCGGAUCCAAGCCAAUCACUGCAAGAGAUUGGCCAGACGAUCCCAAGAGACGAAGUCUCAAACGUGCUGAGUGCAAUCGGCCGUGGUGAAUCCGAUCAGUCGAAACGUAUCUGGGACAAGAUCCUUCUGGAAAACACCGACGAUGUCGUGCAUGUUCUGUCCUUGAAGGGCCUCUUUCUCUACCUGUCUCCUGCCAGUCGAAAGGUCCUCGAGUACGAUGCGAGUGAGCUGGUUGGCAUGGCCUUGUCAUCGGUAUGCCACCCCAGUGACAUUGUCCCCGUCACUCGAGAGUUGAAGGAUUCCUCGAAUGGAUCUCCGGUCAGUGUGGUAUACCGCAUCCGCAGGAAGUUCAGCGGCUACACCUGGUUCGAAGCUCAUGGCUGUCUACAUACCGAACAAGGCAAAGGCAAAAAGUGCAUCAUCCUGGUGGGACGCGAGAGACCAGUCUACGCUCUGGAUCGUUCCGAGCUUUUGACGGAGAACAACCUGGGCGAAAGCGAAUUGUGGUCCAAGAUCUCCACGUCGGGGAUGUUUUUGCACGUCUCUUCCUCUUCUCGAAUGAUGCUCGACCAGGUAUCCGAAGACCUGGUAGGAACCAGUAUGCAAGUUCUGAUGAGGCCGGAUUCCAGGAUCGAGUUCUCGCGCGCGCUUGAAUUGGCCCGGACCGGAGAGAAAGUGACAUUCAGGCAUGACUUUUUGAACCGGCGAGGCCAGGUGCUUCACGCCCAGACAACCAUAUAUCCAGGCGAUGCUCGGCGUGGCUUCAAACCCACUUUCCUCUUGGCCCAAACUCGGUUCCUAAAGUUGACCCGUGCCGCUCUGUUAAAUCAGAAGUCGUUGAGUGUGUCAUCAACGCCGACCGAUCCAAAGUCGAUAGGGUCUAGUCGGUCUCCUGGCACUGUGACGAAUGGCUCUACAGGAUCUAUUUCCUCCGACAGUCAAACGCUGGCCGGCUUCGCCGGGGCUGUAACACGGGCAGGUGGUCAUGGUCUCAGUCUAGGGAACCAGGAUGACGCUUUGAAUUCCGAAGACAACCUCUUCGAUGAGCUAAAGACGACAAGGAGUUCGAGUUGGCAAUUUGAACUUCGACAGAUGGAGCGUCAGAACCGGAUGUUGGCUGACGAGCUGCAAUUAUUGAUCAAUCGCAAGAAGAAGCGCAAGAGGAGGAAGGGGCUUGGACAGCUAGAAAAGGAUUGUGCCAAUUGUCACACGCGGGUUACACCCGAAUGGAGACGAGGGCCAAGCGGAGACCGUGACUUGUGUAACAGUUGUGGUCUUAGAUGGGCGAAACAGAAUGGACGAGUCUCUCCUCGAAAGCCUGGUAGUCACAGUGAUAAGGGAUCAGCCACCCCCGCUCCGUCCGCAGCGACCAAGCCGACCGAGGAUGCGCAUGGCCAAUCAUCUGAGACAAGCAUUGACGGUGACAAGAAAGUGGCCGAAACCGCCGCGCCCUCUGUCAAGUCCCCUCAGGAACAGGAGAGGGCUGAUACAGGAUCGUGGCGAGGAUUUCCUCCUCCAAAGAUUGAAGAAGAGGAAGAACCUCCUCACCCGACAGUUUUGCCUGCUUGA